ACCACGUCAAGGAGAUGCGCAGCGCGGUGCUAAGCGAGCCUGUGCUUUUCUUGAAGCCGUCCACCGCGUAGGCUCCCGAGGGCUCACCGGUGUUAAUGCCCGCCUACUGCCAGAACCUGCACCACGAGGUGGAGUUGGGAGUGCUCUUAGGCAGGCGUGUUCAAGCCGUCCCCGAGGCUGCCGCCAUGGACUACGUGGCCGGCUACGCCCUGUGCCUGGACAUGACUGCCAGAGAUGUGCAGGAAGAGUGCAAGAAGAAGGGACUUCCCUGGACCCUGGCCAAGAGCUUCACGGCUUCCUGCCCUGUCAGCGCCUUCGUGCCCAAGGAGAAGGUCCCUGACCCUCAUGCCCUAAGACUGUGGCUCAAGGUCAACGGUGAACUCAGGCAGGAGGGCAAAACAUCGUCUAUGAUCUUUUCCAUCCCCUACAUCAUUAGCUACGUUUCCAAGAUAGUAACCUUGGAAGGAGAUCUUAUAUUGACCGGGACUCCAAAGGGGGUUGGACCAGUUAAAGAAAAUGAUGAGAUCGAGGCUGGAAUAGAUGGGGUGGUUAGUAUGAAGUUCAAGGUGAAAAAGUCAGAAUACUGAGUUGUUCUUAACGAGUGUCAAAGGAGAAAGGAGACAUAAGCAAGUGAAGUAACUAAAUGUCAAUCUUAAUGAAAAUUUAAAAU